AGCAAAUUCAGAAUAGUAGAUUUUUUUUUCCUGCGUUUAAAAACAGAUCACCAAUAAGAGGCUGACUGACACCAUAUCGCGCAAAGUACUUGAACGAGCUAAAUACCCAAUGGAAUCAACUACACCAGGAGAGAGAAUGUAACUCUGGCACUGUGGAAGGGAACGACUUCGAUGCACGUUCGAAGAGAAAAGAUGAUGAUGUAUCACUUUCUGCUGAGUGGCUGAAAGAGUGUCGGAAGAGAAUCGAAUCACUAGAACAGAUUGAAACGCUCAUUCCUUGCCUUCCGGAAGAAUCCAAUCGUAUCGAGGGGGUAGCUUCAGAUAGUGUGUUGAAGUUUUUGAAUUCUAAAACUGCGUAUGAUCAAACAAAAGGACAAGAACGUGCGCUUGAUACCCUUUACAAGGGUAAACCUGCUAGAAGGGUUUUGAUAGAUGCAGGCGCCGAUGAUGAGCUAACAGUAAGAAAAGCGACAGAUGAACAGCGAGGAUCAGAAGAGUCGAAGAUAAGUCGUCUUAGGAUAGGACGUGAGGUCGAAGGCGCUGCCGUAAAUUCUUCGAUUUCCAAGAAAAAAAUUGUUUCGACCGAAAAUCGAUCAGGAGAUGACAGGGAUUCUCUUCAGGCUUCUAGACAGAAGGACGCGACAGAGAGUUCAACCAGCAUCGAUCAUUUACUGUUAAAAGAUAGACGGGUUCAAGAAGAGAUUAGCGAUGAAUUGGUUGAGUUAGCAUUAUCGAUCAAGGAAUCUGCUUCGUCUGUGAGGCAUAGACUUUCAGUCGAUUCAGAAAGGUGGAACGAAAUGCGCGCAAAGAUUGACACCAACACAUUUUUGUCUGGGAAGGCAUCAUCUACACUCGGAGGCUUGAUUCGGUAUCAACGCACUUCUAUGUGGACAUAUUGGAUGAUUAUCCUGUUUGCCAUGAUAGCUUUUAUUUUCACAUAUCUGUUUAUGAAAAUCGUUCCAAAACCAAAAUAGUAUUAGCUAUGGCGAGCACACCGCGAUGAGGUGGUCGACGAAACGAGAGACGGCUGCGGAUGAGAUCUGUUUUACGCUUUGUUAGGGAAGGUUUGUGUUAGAGGUGUCUGUGCUUCGAGAAGUAGAGUCGACCAACAAAAGAAAGUACAAGCUGCUGCGAGACAAUUGAAACACUCCUCAUUCGAAACGAAGCCAAAAAAAGAAGACUUGAUUCGGCCGAAGCUGCUGUAUCAAAAAAAAAUAUAUAUAUAUAUAUUAUGUAUAAAACGGCAAACAUUCUCUUAGACCGAUGAGAAGCUGGUAAAGAGGUUGGUUUCUUGGCCGAGCUGAUCUACAAGAGGGGUCAUCGGCAUGCUGUGUACACUACGAUGCGCCUUCAGGAAAAGUGCUAAUGGCCGCAGCGAGAGCUUGAGAAAUAUGCGAAACAAAUUCGGUCUUCAAAUGGCCAAUCGAGCCUUUUGUCGACCGAGAUGGAGUUGUUGCAGACCGCCUACGUCUAGAAUGAGGAACCAAUCGUUAAAAUGUAAUCCAGCAGGGAAAAGGUCUUUUUGCGAGCACCACAGGAGAGAAAUUGAGGCUGGAGAAGUGAGUUUACUCGAAGGGGCAUCAAAUGUAUUACAGAGGGGUGGUGCGAUACAAGAGAUAGGUUGCAAAGGAACAGAAUGCGACGUACAAUUAGAAAUGAGCUGUGCUAUAGCAGAAGGCGAAGUUGAAGAUUGUGAAUUGUCACAAUCGACAGAGCAUGAGAUGCAGUCUGGUCUGUCUUGUGAAGACGUUGAUUUUUCAAAGUUCAAAAUGGCUGAUAAAAACGGUGACGAGGUUGAUUUGGAGCUUGAGAAAUGGUACAAUUAUUUAGACUUUGGAAUAUUGUCACAUAAAUUUGAAGAAAUGGAGAGUCGAGUUAAUGAGGUCAUUGAUCAUCUCACUAAAGGAAGAAAGUUGGUUUACGUUAGUCGACGUCCGAAUCAUGCGCCGUCUGUAGCUUCUUAUCAAUAUAAUAUUUCUUGUUUUAAACAAUAUUAUUAUGAAGAAGUAUUUUCAGGCGCUAAAGUGGUACCUUAUCUUUCCUCACAAUCUAUUGCAUUGAUAUUAAGAAUUGGCAUGAUUUUGCUUCGUGUGGUAAAGCCAAAUUUACUGGUUGAAUUGUUUGACUCUAUUUUGGCACAUAGCAACGAGUUCAACUACGUUUACAAUAGCCUUUGGAUUCGUUAUUGCACCGUGGAACACGAUUUGCACCAGCAGAACAAAAACGAGAUUGUCCGUAGCACAAUGAUGCGGGCAGGUGAUAGGAGGGUAGCUGCAGAAUGCUCGUUCACCAAAGGCGGAUUAUUGGUCGCUCUGAACAACAUUUCUUGUACUAUGCGUCAUGCUCUGAGCAAGUGCCAAGUGUCUCCCUGGGUCGAAGCAGAAGUCUGUCUAAUCUUGCUGUGCCUUCGCGCAAUACCACCGAUAUUUCCUAGGCAGAAGCUCCGACUGAGAGCUUCGAUGAAUCGAGGAAAGCCUCCCAGCUUUGUACCACACAACCAACACACACACGAUGCUAUGCUCAAUUCCAUACAGCCGUUAUGGAUCAAAUGCAGGACGAGGCUCGAUAAAGUAGACUAUUACACAUUGAUGAAUCUGUACAUUUGCUUUUCGGAUUCGCUUUGCAAAGAACACUGUCUUGAAAUGGUAGACUACCUACUUGACAGGGCACGCAAACACACAGGAAACCAAAUUGCCUAUGAACAACGAAAAAAUUCAAUCCUAGCGCAGCUUUUUUCCUGUCUCUCCAGGAGGGAAGAAUGGGAAUUGACCAUCUCUCAGUACUUGAAGUAUGGUGCUGCCAAUCAGCAAACUCUAGAGCCACAUCCCACGUUCUGGGUGGGUUGUCUCACUCACGUUCUAGUAGCUAUGCUAUGCCUCAAACGGUUCGACAUGGCUAAGCAGUUCGUCCCUUAUCUUCUAAAAAAAGACGUGUCAAGUGGACUCUCGAAAGACUUAUCUUUGUUUUUUCAGUACAACAAAAUGGCUGAACCUGUGUAUGAGCUCUUCGAGUUAGACGAGCAUAAAGGGUACAGCAAUUAUAUGGCAGCUCACUGGAAUAAAUCAAUGAUCUUUCUAGCCAAAUUUGGACACCUGAGCCGCGCGAGAAAUAUCCUAUUAGCUCUGAUACGGCACAACUGUGCCAUUACCGCACAAAAAUUGACUAAGUACAUCGAAUAUUGUGCGUUGUACGAUCGACCAGAUCUAUUUGAAGAGGGGCUUUUGAUGCUCAUUCCUCCCCAAAAACAUCAUCUAUUGUCUCCUAUUCCAAAACACCUCCACGAAAAAAUCAGCCCGCUAGUCAAGUUUGCGGGCAAAUCUUCUGAAGCCAUUCCGUACGAAUCCGAACCUACGAACUUGUACUCUUCGACUAGUUCGUAUUUUCGCACCCACAUUCCCACUGCCUCCUCCAUAUACCAGCUCGGUGUUCAAAUGUAUUGUAAUACAUGCGAUAUGGACGGUAUUUACAGACUUUUGAAGAGGCAUAUCCAAGUUGAAGAACACGUACAGCUCACAGACAACAUCUUCUCUAUCUUACUAGACAGUCUAUCUCAACAUGCCGGACCACUCGAACCUCUCUCUACCUCCAAACUAAUCCUUCAAAUGUUAGAAACCAUGGAAUCCAAACAACUCGUACCCACAUACCAGCACAUUCUGAGCUGCCUGAACAUCCUGGCUCGUAUUGGUGACCUCGAUACAUUCUAUGAGGUCUUACAACUUGUCCCUAAGCACAACCUUCAAGCAAAUGAGACAGCCUUCUGCUACUUGGUGCGCGCUCAGGCAGCUGCCAAAAAAUGGGAACCAACGAAAAACAUUUUUUCUCUUAUGAAGGCGUAUAGGGUAGAACCAACUCCCCUCAUUCACUUAGUUAUACUUGAGCAGAAACUGAUGCAUCAGCAAAUCACCAUAGACCAACUACUUUCAGAAGCCGAAAAAUUCACUUUAUAUCCUGUCUCCAGUUCAAAAUUCUACUCUAUUAUUCUGUGCCACUUUUGCUCACAAAAAAACACAACAAUGGUAGAAAAAUAUCUUGAAAUUGUGAGAAAAGGAUAUGUACAUAUUUCAACUGACGUGUACGAUCAUCUUCUAAAACUCUAUGCGUCUACAAACGACUUACCUUCUAUCGAUCGGCUGGCCUCAAGGCUCACUAGUUCCAGUCAGGCCACUCGUAGCACAUACCUUUCUAUCGCCAAGGCCUACCUGCAAAUCAAUCAGGAUUCGAAGGCUUUCGCUGUGAUCAAGUUGCUCACCAAGAAAUUCCGGCUCCACCCGGAAUACUUCGAAAUUUUGAUAGGGCUGCAAGAAGAUGGUACCAUGGAAAGGACUAUAAAUCUGCUCAAAAAGCUGACGAAAUGCCUCAGUGCCGAGCCGAAACUUGGCACGUUGAAAAUACUUCUAGAUAGAGCGACCCAAUGCAACGAUCGGACAGCGGCCAACAGCCUACUGAAAAGAAUAAGAUUGGUCACUGAAGAAAAGGAAUAUCAAACAGCGCAACGAAACUUCGAGAAACGGUCUCCCAUGAUGUUUGAUGCAGUAUUGAAAAAGGUGAAUUCGGCAGGUGAAUAGCACCUCAAAAAAGGAAGUGAUAUACAAAAAAUAAAAAAAAAACAAAAAUAGUGGCAAAUUUAAACAUGUCUAGUUUAAAUGUACAAGACCCUCUUCCAUGAAAACCGUUUUUCGAAAUUACAAUAGACCUGCCCGAAGCCCGAUUUUCCGAGCUGGUAUUCCCAUGGUAAUCGUAGUGGGGCUCGGAGCCUUGAUUGUGGGUGAGCUGAUAGAAGUAAGCCGCAUGAGCACAACCACAAAACAGCAUCCUAUUAAAGAAAAAGAUUUGAUAGAUCGAUGGGAUUUAGAAGCAGAAGUCAAAGUAUGUAUCUGGAGGGUGAAGAAUUUUAGUGUAGGGGAAUUCACCAAGUCGCAUCCCCAUUUGUUUUAGGGACGGAAAAAAAAACUGACAAAUGCAUCAGAAGCUUGAGAGAACAGUAGACUUGGACAAUUGGGUCAACAAAAAGAUCGAGCGAAGAGAAGAAGAAUAGCAUCACCCAUGUCCUGUAUAUAUGUUAGAAUGAAAUUACAUGUUAUUACUCACUCAUACGAUCUAUUUAAUAACAACAGCCAAAUUGACCGUUAAAUAAAAAAGUUUGUC